AAAGAUAACAGCCGCGCGGAGGAGCCAUGGCCGACCACCUGGUGGACGGUCCUCCGCCGAAGCGGCCCAAACUCGAUCCGUUCCAGGGGACGUCGGACUCGACGGUGGGUAUGCCGCCUUUAUUGAUGCACCCUGCUUAUACGAACUACGGGGGAGGUGGCAGUGGUAACAUGCAACAAAUACAGGCCCCAACGCAACAGCUACAUCUGCAACAGCAUCCACUGCAACACUGGAACAACAAUACGGUCCAGAAAAGAAAUUACAUUUCUAACACAGAAAUGUUCGAUCUUGAAAAUGAUCUUCCUGAUGACUUGCUGUCAUCCGGAUCUUGGGGUUCCACAACCGAGAGCACCAAGCCACCUGCAACCGGUCCUGGUCCAGGGCAGCAAAAUGGUGCUCUCGAUACAGAACUCAGACAACAUGUACAGCAGCAGCAACAACUCUCUCAUCAUCUCAUUCAACAACAACAGGGCAACAAAAACUUGGUGGCGAAUUCUUUAGUAAUGGCUGCUGGAACAUUAGGCAAUAAGAGUCCAAAUAUGCAAUCACCACCAAACGUUUCCGUUUCUAAGGGAGGAAUAGUCGAUCCACAGAUGGUCGUGAGUCUUGGUAAUUUACCAAGUAGUAUAGCCAGUUCAUUGGCGAAUAAUCAAAUGUCGAUCGCGAAUUCGAUGGGCGGUUUACAAUCGUCCAUGAGUAUGGCCGGAAGUAACCCCGCGAUGUCGAUGCCGGGUGGCAUGAAUUCCGGUUUAGUGAUGACUAGCACCGCUAGUGGAAACAACAUGGGAGGAAUGGCUGGCGGGAGCUUGAUAGUAACGAACAGUUUGAACAAACAACCUUUAAAUACAGUAACCAUGAUGGGCCCUAAUACUCAAGCGAUACAUCAUCCCGGUGCUCCUCACGGGGUUACACCGAUGCAAAACGGUCCUGGAAUGAUGAACACAAGAGCUGUGGCAAUGCAGCAACAACAACAAGCGCAUAUGGUUGGUCCGGCGAGGGGGCAAAGUCCUCACCAACAGGUGCAUCAAGUUGGCAUUGUCGGUCCCAAUCAGGGUGGUCCAAGAAUGCAGGCUCCUCCUAAUAUGGCAAAUAUGCCGACUAUGGGGCAACUAGGUGCAUCGAAUCCGUACAGCUACGGUUCUCCAAAUACGGUUGGACCAGGGGCAGGCGUAACUGUAUGCUCCAAUAAUCCCGUAGGUGUCGUCAAACCGCAGCAGAAGGGCGUAGGAACAAACAUGAGUCCUAUGCAAGCGGCAGCCGCUGCUAGCAGAUUUACUGGUGCUGCUGGUCCGAUUGGUACUACGAAUGUCGUGGGCGGUCAGGAAGGUGGAACGGCAGCACAGCAAGCGCAGCCACCAGCACCAAGUCCAGCUCAACCUCAAUCGGGAGCACCGACCGGAGGGCAACCAGGUCCGCAGCAAGCUACACAAGGACAAAUGCCUGGUGCUGGUGCUCCAGCGGGCGCAAAAUCGACACCAGAUCCGGAAAAAUGUAGACUCAUACAACAACAAUUGGUGCUACUUUUGCAUGCGCAUAAAUGUCAACGACGCGAGAGUCAAGCUAACGGCGAGGUGAGACAAUGCGCCUUGCCGGACUGUAAAACCAUGAAAAAUGUUUUGAAUCACAUGACGAAUUGUCAGGCUGGUAAAAACUGUACGGUGCCUCACUGUAGUAUGUCUAGACAAAUCAUCAAUCAUUGGAAACAUUGUAAUCGAAGUGAUUGCCCAGUCUGCUUGCCGAUAAAACAAGCAAAUAAAAACAGGACUAAUUCUGCGCAAGCGCCCGCAAUUCAACCAAAUAAUCAGCCAAAUACAAGUCCAUCCGAAAUGAGAAGGGCUUAUGAAGCUUUAGGGAUUCAAUGUCCAACAACAACAUCGGGAAUUUUACCUGGUCAAGGCGUUGGAAGAGGCGUCAGAAUGCCAGGUCCCGGUAUGACAGGUCCUCCAGGAGCACUGGGGAAUGUUAGAUUAGCGCAACCUCAAACACAGACUGCACCGGGACAAUCCGUAGUCGGUGCUGGACAACAAGUAGUCGCUCCGAACGUAUCUCUUCCUUUAAAUUCCGAUCCUAGUACUGUCGGAGUAGCCAGCAAUCAGACUGUACCGACAACCGGACCCACAUCCGCCGCAGCAGCAGCCGCUGCCAAUAUACAACAAUCUGUUAAUAUGCAAACAUUGUUCGGACUGAACGAGUCUGGACAACCUGGUGUGAUAGGCGGGGAAAAUAGAUUAGCAAAUCUGCAGCUUCCAGGUGGUCUUCAACCCGGACAAGUCACUGCGACGCCGAUGCAAGGAACAAAGGAUUGGCAUUUGUCCGUCACUCCUGAUCUCAGGAACCAUCUCGUUCAUAAAUUGGUUCAAGCGAUAUUCCCGACUCCCGAUCCACAAGCUAUGCUCGAUAAAAGAAUGCACAACUUAGUCGCAUACGCGAGGAAGGUAGAAGGUGACAUGUAUGAAAUGGCUAACACUCGGUCGGAAUACUAUCAUCUGCUAGCUGAGAAAAUUUACAAGAUUCAAAAGGAACUCGACGAAAAACGACAAAAACGAAAGGAACAACAACAGCUGCAAGCACAGCAGCAACAGCAGCAACAACAACCAACGCAGCCACCGGGUACAUCUGGCCCUGGAUUAAGGCCAUGUGCGCCUCCAAAUGUAGGUACCGUUAUGCCAGGGGCAUCGAAACCUGUCGGGACAGUACCACCUACUUUACGAAGUCAUUCACCGAGUAUGGGUCAACUGGCAACGAUACCAGCAAUGGCCAUCCAGCAGCAUAAUAGGAUGCAGUUCCCACAGCAGCAGCAGGCGCAACAACAACAGCAGGCCCAACAGCAACAACAAGUGCAAGCUCAGCAGCAAAUACAGCAGCAGCAGCAACAACAGCAACAGCAACAACAAGGCAUCCUGGUUGGCCCUCCUGGUCCUAGCCCAAAUGGACAAUCUACAUCUAACGCCAAUAUGGUGCCUAAUCCUGGACUGAGUCCAUUUGGACAACCUCAAAUGUCUCAGGCUAAUCUCACAACCACUACUGCAUCUAACAAUGCGACGACUAGUCAAUUUCCAACGUCCAAUGGUACGAGUGCCGGUUUACCUAACAGUUCUCCUAUUCAGAACCAGCAUCAAUUUCCCGAUCUCAUGAAAGUUAGACUGGCGCAAGCCCAGGCUCAAGCUGCGCAACAACAGCAACAACAACAGCAACAGCAGCAGCAGCAGCAAAGUCAGCAACAACCACAACCGACGAGUACUCCUAGCCAAGUUGGUACUCCAGCAACGUCGAUUCCGCAAGCACCAUCACCGUUUAGUGGCAUGCAACAAAGUGCACAGCAGCCGCAGCAACAGCCGCAGCAACAAUCGAAUCAACAAUUUCCAACUCGACCGUUGUCAGCUACCACGCCUAAUGACAAUGGCAUUGCAACAUCGACACCACAGACGAUACCACCGCCUGCGUCAAGUGGACCAAGUCCAACGGGUGGCGUACCCGUGACGACUACGGGUACAACUAACGGACCUCAGUCAACCACCUCCACACCAAAUACACCACUUGUACCGUCAUUAAUGACACCAAAUCAAACGGUCUCUUCUGCAUCGAAUCAGACGCCGCCUCAUUCCGGCCCAACACCGUCUCCAGCUGGCCUUGCGAGUCUUGGCAAAGGUAUGACCUCGCAAGAACGUGCAGCACUGAACACUCCACGCAGCACAUCCAUGUCUUCGCAAAUGGCUGCCAUUACAGCAGCGCUGGAUCGUGACAAUUCACCCAGUCCGCCGAUGAAUAAUAACAAAGGUAAACUGGAUUCCAUCAAGGAGGAGAUAAAGAUGGAGAUUAAACAAGAACCACCAGACGAGUCGCAAAAUCACAGAAUGGACGGUAAAAGUGUGAACAAUGAUAUUAUCAUCAAGACCGAGCCGAAAACCGAACCAAUGGAGGAGGGCUCGAAUGAGGCGACCGUGAAAGAAGAACCUGGUAUUAAAGAGGAAAGUAUGACUCCCGUGUCCAGUCAAGACACGACCACCUCUGACAUCAAACCCUUAGUGCCGGAACCGAUUCAACCGAGUGGCACGUCCACUGACAAGAAGAAGUGCUUGUUUAAGCCUGAUGAAUUGCGUCAGGCAUUGAUGCCGACAUUGGAGAAACUAUAUCGACAAGAUCCUGAGAGUAUUCCGUUCCGACAACCGGUAGAUCCUCAAGCAUUGGGUAUACCGGAUUACCCGACUAUCGUGAAGAAACCAAUGGAUCUAUCGACGAUCAAGAAAAAACUCGACACGGAGAAGUACAGCGAUCCGUGGGAGUACGUCGACGACGUGUGGAUGAUGUUUGAUAAUGCUUGGUUGUAUAAUCGCAAGACUUCUCGAGUUUAUAGAUAUUGCACCAAGCUCUCGGAAGUGUUCGAGCAGGAGAUAGAUCCCGUGAUGCAAGCAUUAGGUUAUUGUUGCGGUAGAAAAUACACAUUCAACCCGCAGGUGCUCUGUUGUUACGGCAAGCAGCUUUGUACGAUUCCUAGGGACGCAAAGUAUUAUUCUUAUCAAAACAGAUACACCUUCUGUCAGAAAUGUUUCAACGACAUUCCUGGUGACACAGUGACGUUGGGAGACGAUCCAACACAGCCUCAAACUGCCAUCAAGAAGGAACAGUUCCAGGAAAUGAAGAAUGAUCACUUAGAAUUAGAGCCUUUUGUAACCUGUACGGACUGUGGUAGGAGAGUACAUCAAAUUUGUGUGCUCCACAUGGAAGCAAUCUGGCCAUUAGGAUUUACCUGUGAUAAUUGUUUAAAGAAGAAGGGACAGAAACGCAAAGAGAAUAAGUUCAACGCCAAACGAUUGCCCGUAACGAAACUCGGCACGUAUAUCGAAACGCGCGUGAAUAAUUUCCUGAAGAAGAAGGAAGCGGGUGCUGGUGAGGUCGCGAUCAGAGUGGUCGCAUCCAGCGACAAGGUGGUCGAGGUCAAGCCCGGGAUGCGAAGUAGAUUCGUUGAGAAUGGCGACAUGCCCGGCGAAUUCCCAUACCGCGCGAAGGCAUUGUUCGCGUUUGAAGAGGUCGAUGGCACCGACGUCUGUUUUUUCGGUAUGCAUGUGCAGGAGUACGGAAGCGAAUGUACGCCGCCUAACACUAGACGAGUUUACAUCGCAUAUCUGGAUUCUGUUCACUUCUUCCGGCCUAGACAAUUUCGAACGGCUGUAUAUCACGAGAUUCUUCUUGGAUAUCUCGACUACGCGAAACAGCUUGGAUACACUAUGGCUCACAUUUGGGCUUGUCCACCUUCCGAAGGGGACGAUUAUAUCUUCCACUGCCAUCCCGCAGAACAAAAAAUACCAAAGCCUAAGAGAUUGCAGGAGUGGUACAAGAAAAUGUUGGACAAAGGAAUGGUUGAAAGAAUCGUGCUCGACUACAAGGACAUCUUAAAACAAGCUAUGGAAGACAGGCUUUCGUCCGCGGCGGACCUACCAUAUUUUGAGGGCGACUUUUGGCCGAAUGUGUUGGAAGAAAGUAUUAAAGAACUAGAUCAGGAAGAGGAAGAGAAACGUAAACAAGCUGAAGCGGCGGAAGCAGCCGCUGCUGCGGCAAACGCGAUAUUUUCGCUAUCUGAAGACGCAGAAACUCCAGACGGUAAGAAAAAGGGCCAGAAAAAGGCGAAGAAAUCCAACAAAUCUAAAGCAAAUCAAAGAAAAAAUAGCAAGAAAUCGAAUACUCCUCAAACCGGCAAUGAUCUUUCCGCGAAAAUCUUUGCUACCAUGGAAAAGCACAAAGAGGUGUUCUUCGUCAUUAGGUUGCACAGCGCUCAAAGUGCAGCCAGUUUGGCACCUAUUCAAGAUCCCGAUCCUGUUAUCAAUUGUGAUUUGAUGGAUGGUCGUGACGCGUUUCUCACAAUGGCAAGAGAAAGGCAUUACGAAUUUUCAUCGCUUAGAAGAGCAAAAUUCAGUUCCAUGUCUAUGCUGUACGAAUUGCAUAAUCAAGGCCAAGACAAGUUUGUUUACACGUGUAACAACUGUAAAAGUCACGUGGAGACUAGAUACCAUUGUACAGUUUGUGAUGAUUUCGAUUUAUGUGUGAGUUGUAAAGAAAAAGACGGUCACCCGCAUCCAAUGGAGAAACUUGGUUUUGAUUUGGAUGAUGGCUCUUCGCCUGCCGAUGCCAAACAAACUAAUCCACAGGAGGCCAGGAAAUUAUCGAUACAGAGAUGCAUUCAGUCAUUGGUGCAUGCUUGCCAAUGCAGAGAUGCCAAUUGUCGUCUACCGAGUUGUCAGAAGAUGAAGCGAGUAGUCAUGCAUACGAAGAACUGCAAGAGGAAGACAAAUGGCGGUUGUCCUAUAUGUAAACAGUUAAUUGCGUUGUGUUGUUAUCAUGCAAAACACUGCCAAGAGACCAAGUGUCUUGUUCCAUUCUGCUCCAACAUAAAGCACAAGAUAAAACAGCAACAAUUACAACAACGAUUACAGCAAGCGCAGUUGCUUAGGAGGCGAAUGGCUGUGAUGAAUACGAGACCAACCGGACCUGUAGCCGCAAUGCAGGCCGGACAACAGACCUCAAACGUUGGCAUGACGACUGGAGUCGCUAUGAAACCUGGUGUUAGCACAUCGAAUUUGCCGACACCACAUCAACCAGGUAUCGGAUUAAAGCCCGGAACGCAGACUCCUCCUGCUCAUGUUCUACAAGUGGUGAAGCAGGUGCAGGAAGAGGCAGCGAGACAACAAGCACCACAUAUCAAUUAUGGCAAAGUGACACCGGGCGGUGGUGUUGGUGUGGGUGUCGGUGUAGGAGGUCAAACUGGCGGGGUGAUGCCGCCUCCUCAGAUGCAACGGCCGUUGCCGGUUCAGAUGCCGAAUCCUAGCGGCACGCAUCUCAUCCCGAUGGAUCAAUGGACAGCGAGCAGAUACCAGCCGAAUACAGUGAUGCAACAAAAUCCCAACUUGGCGCGACAGCAGACACCACAACAGUUGAUGCAACAACAGCAGCAGCAGCAACAGCAUCAGGCUCAACCGGGAAUGGGGAUGGGUGCGCAAAUGGCACGGCAACCGGGCGUGAUCGGACCUGUCGGACAGGUCGGACCGCAGGCAAGUACUAUGCACAAGCACGCUCUGCAACAGUUGAUGCAAACUCUAAGAAGCCCGCACACGCCCGACCAGCAGAAUCAGAUACUCCAAAUACUCAAGAGCAAUCCACCGUUAAUGGCCGCCUUCAUCAAGCAACGAGCGCUUGUCCAUCAGCAACAACCUGGUCAGCAUGGUGGGGGAGUCGGUGGCCCAUUGGGCCCUAAUCAACCCCAACAACAACCUGGUUUGCAGCAUAUGAUGUCUCAACAACAGCAGCCGCAGCAGCAGCAACCGCAGCAGCAGGCGCAGCAACAACAACAACAGGGUAGACUGCAGAUACAGAUGUUGACUCAGCAGGCGCAACAACAACAGCCGGUGCAAGCACAGUCGCAAUGGUACAAACAACAGAUGCUGGUGAUGCAGCAGAGGCAACAGCAGGUGGCUCAACAGCAGCAGCAGCAACAGCAGCAGCAGCAGCAGCAGCAGCAGCAGCAGCAGCAGCCGUUCACUCAACCUCCGGCGCCACCAUACGGUCAACAGCGACCUAUACGGCCGCUUCUUGGUUACGGCGGUUUCAACGAACAGGGCUACGGUCAGCCAGGUCUGAAACCUACUCCGCCGCCCGUGCCCUCGCCGCAAGGCGUCAUGGGUCCGCCGGGGAUCUCCGUGCAACAACAGUUGAUGCAGUCAGUCCGUUCGCCACCGCCCAUCCGAUCUCCGCAGCCCAACCCCUCGCCGCGACCUGUCCCUUCCCCUCGUAAUCAACCGGUACCGUCACCGCGAUCGGGUCCGGUGCCAUCACCGCAUCAUCAUCCGCCUCAUGGCACGCCGACACAUUCGCCGGCCCACGAGCUCGGCGGCGGUCCUAGCGAGAUGAUGCUGUCGCAGCUGGGUGGCGGUCCAGGUGCACCCACCGGCCAUCCCGCCACUAUGCCUCAUCAUCCCUCGCCGGCGCCGGCGCCCACGAAUGGCGGUGCAGACGCCAACGAGGUAACGCCGAUGACGCCACAGGACCAACUCUCCAAGUUCGUCGAGGGGUUGUAGUGACUGUUACGGACGAUCACAUCGGUCGAUGGUUAUGUAAGUGUUUCCCUUAACGGAGACGACAACGGCGGCGCUCGGAUGGCUGCGACCGUCCGCGUCGCGUGAAUUUAUAAAUAAUACGAAAUGUU